GUGGCUUUGCUACGGGCACACGCAGGGGAACACCUCUUACUGGGAGCAGCCAAGCGGUCAAUGAUCUUCAAAGACAUCUUACUACUAGGAAAUGAUCACAUAAUCCCCAGGAACUGUCCGGAAUUGAUGGAGGUCAGCCGUGUGGCUGUGCGGAUCCUGGAUGAACUUGUGCUGCCUUUCCAGGAACUGCAGAUUGAUGAUAACGAAUAUGCGUGUUUGAAAGCCAUCAUCUUCUUUGAUCCAGAUGCUAAAGGCCUCAGCGACCCCACCAAGAUCAAAAGGAUGCGGUAUCAAGUCCAAGUCAGCCUAGAGGACUACAUCAACGACCGACAGUACGACUCCCGGGGACGCUUCGGAGAGCUGCUGCUUCUGCUGCCGACCCUCCAGAGCAUCACCUGGCAGAUGAUAGAGCAGAUCCAGUUUGUCAAGCUCUUCGGCAUGGCCAAGAUCGACAACCUGCUGCAGGAGAUGCUGUUGGGGGGGUCGUCGAGUGACACGCCUCAUGCUCACCAUCAUGCUCUGCACCCACACCUUAUCCAGGAGAAUCUCGGGACAAACGUCAUUGUGGCCAACACGAUGCCUGCUCAAAUCCACAACGGGCAGCUGUCCACUCCUGAAACUCCUCAACCUUCCCCACCCUCUGGCUCGGGAGCUGAACAAUACAAACUGCUUCCUGGGGCCAUUGCAGCUGUAGCCAAACAGCCGAGCCUGAUCCCUCAACCCACCAUCACAAAGCAAGAGGUCAUCUAG